AUGGCGUCUUUGAGCUGCGGAGUCAACGAAACAAAAAACUUGGACCCUUCAGGGAUAUUGUCACAGGAGUGUCACUUUGAGAAGUUCCACAAAUUUGGAAGUUCUUAUAUUGCAGCUUCAUAUGUGAAGUUCUUGGAAUCUGCUGGUGCCCGUGUUGUGCCAAUAAGAUUAAAUCUUUCAGAUGAAGAAUAUGAUAAAAUAUUCCACUCUAUUAAUGGGGUACUUUUUCCAGGAGGUGGUGUGGAUCUUAAGACUUCAGAAUAUUCCAGGGUUGCUAAGAUAUUUUACCACAAGGCAUUAGAGGCUAACGAUAAAGGAGAUUAUUUCCCAGUAUGGGGAACAUGUCUUGGACACGAAGAGCUUACGUAUCUCACAAGUGGCGAAGUUUUACUUGUUAAUACCAAGACAAAUGGUUUUGCGCUCCCUCUGAACUUUACCUCAGCUGCAAAAACCAGUAGAUUAUUCAAGAAUUUCCCUGAUGAUGUACUACAUGCAUUUGCUACUGAGCCAUUGACAUCAAACUUUCAUAUGUGGAGCCUCUCCAUGGAGAAUUUCACAAAGAAUGAAAAGCUUCGUAAUUUCUAUAAUGUUCUGACCACUAACACCGAUGAUGAAGUGGAGUUUAUAUCUACCAUGGAAGCGUACAAAUACCCAAUUUAUGGUGUCCAGUGGCAUCCAGAGAAAAAUCCUUUUGAGUGGAAGAACUCACCAGGCAUUCCACAUUCCCCAUCAGCUGUAAAAGCGGCCUAUUAUAUAGCUGACUUCUUCAUUAAUGAAGCCCGGAAGAGCCUGCACCGUUUCCCCAGUGAAGAUGAGGAAACAAAAGAAUUGAUUUAUAAUUAUACUCCAAUUUAUACAGGAACAUUCUCUUCGUUUCAGCAAAUCUAUUUUUUCGAUUGAGUGUCAUGUCAAAGGUGCAGUGUUGCUAUUUAUAAAUGGAAUUAUUUACCAGCAUUGCAUAAUUAAGCUGAUGUAGUGCACUGCACGUGACAGAAAGCCAAAACAGUUCUCUUCAUUUACAAUGAUUUAUCCUGUGUUUCUUCUAUGCUGUUGGACCAUUAAUAUAAAAAUUUACAUUCAGUAACAUAAUAAUCAUCCUGGAUCACACUUUAAGGCAAGCUACA